AUGGCAUAAAAUUUAAUAUCAGCUAUAGCAUGGGUUUCUAGAGGGUAUGCAAUAAAGUAGCCAAAAGAAUUUGAUUUAGAUGAAGAGGAAAUCAAUUAGAUGAAGUAAGAUAAACUAAUAAAUAAAAAGUAAUAGAUUUAUUUAAGGUUUAGUUUGACAUAAGAUUUGGGUAAAAUACAAGAGUAAGAUGAAGAUUCAAGUGAAGACAAUCUUCCAGUAUUUUGUUAAGAUUUAGAAAUGCAUGGAAAGUAGUAAUUGCCAGAUGAUGGAUAUCCAGUAGCAAUAGAGGAUUUGAGUGAUGAAGAAAAAGAAGAUUAUCAAAUCAAAUCAUCAGAUGCUUUGAUUAUAGCUGCAAAGAUCGUAUCAAAUAAAUAAAUGCUAAAUUUUAGGAAAAUGAAUUUUCAUCAUUGGAAGUGUAUAUCUAUGAAGAAGAGAAGGCCAAUUUAUUUGUGCAUCAUGAGAUAUAAUUAUCAGCAUUCCCUUUAGCAGUAGAAUGGUUACCAAUAUAACCAGGUUAAAUUGAGAGUACAUCUGCAAUCAAGGGUAAUUAUGCAAUAGUUUCAUCAUUUUUACCUGAAAUAGAAAUUUGGAAUUUAGAUGUAGUCAAUGUAUUGGAACCAUCUUUAGUUUUAGGAGGAGAGAUUGAACAGAAUUAUAAGAAAGUUAAAAACUUAAAGAAAUAGAAUAAGAAAUCUUAUAAACCUGAUAGUCAUACAGAUUCAGUUUUGAGUUUGUCUUUGAAUUCAUUUAAGCCAAACAUUUUAUUAUCAGGAUCAGCAGAUCAUACAGUUAAAAUAUGGGAUUUAAUGCUUUAGAAAUGUGUGUUUACUUACAAUCAUCAUAAAGAUAAAGUUUAAAUCUCUAAAUUCAAUACAAAAGAGGAAAGUGUAAUAUUAUCAGGAGGUGAAGAUGGAAAACUUUGUUUAUUUGAUGCCAGNGAAAAUUGUUAUGAAAAAGCACAGAAAAUCAUCAAAGAGAAAGUUCGAAUUAUUUUCAUUUACAAAUUUAUUAUUUAGGAUUAAAAAUACAUUAAGAUUUUUAGAAUAAUUAAAUAAUAUUAAGUAAUUGAUGUAAGACGGAGGGAAUGUGUAAGAUAGAGAUUUAUUUAUGAAAGAGAUGGAUAAUUUGAUAUCUUAAAACUAAUUUGGUUAAGCAGAAGUUUAAUUAACAAAAUACAUUGAAAAGAAUGAAGCUGAUUCAGAAGCUUUAAAAAAGAGAUCCAAUUUACACUUGAAAAACGGAAAAUAUAUAUAAGCAUUGCAUGACAUAGAGAAGGCUAUGCUUUUAGAUUCUUCAAUGCCUUGUUGCAAGAGCAGUUAUGAACAUUAUUAAAUAAAAAAGGGAUUAAUGAGAAUGAGUAAUGACAUUUGA